GUUUCAUCCUCCUCUGUUUCCUCCUCCUCCUCCCCCUCCCCUCCAUCCUCCUCCUCCUCCUCCUCCUCCUAUUCCUCCUCCUCCCCUUCCUUCUCCUCGCCUCCCUCCUCCUCCUCUUCCUCUGUUUCCUCCUCCUCUGUUUCCUCAUCCUCCUCCCCCUCCCCUCCAUCCUCCUCCUCCUCCUCCUCCUCCUCCUCCUAUUCCUCCUCCUCCCCUUCCUCCUCCUCGCCUCCCUCCUCCUCCUCUUCCUCUGUUUCCUCCUCCUCCUCCUCCUCCGUUUCCUCCUCCUCCCCUUCCUCCUCCUCUUCCUCUGUUUCCUCCUCCUCCUCCUCCUCCUAUUCCUCCUCCUCCCCUUCCUCCUCCUCCUCCUCCUCCUCCUCCUCCUCCUCCCCUUCCUCCUCCUCUUCCUCUGUUUCCUCCUCCUCCUAUUCCUCCUCCUCCCCUUCCUCCUCCUCCUCCUCCUAUUCCUCCUCCUCCUCCUAUUCCUCCUCCUCCCCUUCCUCCUCCUCUUCCUCUGUUUCCUCCUCCUCUGUUUCCUCCUCCUCCUCCUCCUCCUCCUCCUCUGUUUCCUCCUCCUCCUCC